GGUGGCGGCUACGCAGCCGGGGCUGACGGUAGCCAAUCAGCGAGCCGCUUAGUGAGCAGCGAGGUGGAGAGGAGACAAGAUGGAGGCAGGGGGAGAGGCGGCGGCGCCUGUUGAGGGGCUGCGGGCUCCGGCCGCCUUCGUGGCUCCGCUGCAGCCGGAGACGGCCGCCGCCGCGGUGCUGCCGGAGCGGCUGCAGCGGCGGGAAGCGGAGCGGCAGCAGGACGUGGAGCGGCAGCGGCAGAAGAAGGAGGCACAGGUGGUGAAGGAGGAGCAGAGCGAGUUCUUCGUCGCCGCCUUCGUCCGGGAGCGGGAGGCCGUGGAGGCGCUGCUGGCGACGGCGGCGGCCGCCGAGCACCUGGAGGAGGCGGCGGCGCGGCUGCAAGGGCUGCAGAAGCUGCUGACCGAGAGCGUGCGGUUCCUGGCGCCCUACGAGGUGCGGCAGGGGCAGGAGGCUGUGGCCCGGCUCCAGGGGGCCCUGGCGGCCAGGCGCCAGCAGCUGCAGCCCAAGAAGAAAUUCGCCUUCCGCGCCCUCAAGAAGGAAGCGGCUCCGGGAAGCGAGCAACGUCCCGCGGAGCCCGCCCGGCCUUCAGCCGCCGCGCCGGCCCCCGGCUACGGCUCCGCCGAGGGGGAGGCGGACGGGCCCCCGCAGUGCGGGUUCAGCCGGGUCGAGGGUGAGGAGCUGGAGCUCGGCCCCGCGGAGCUGCUGCAGCGCGAUGUAGCGCUCUCCGAGCUGCGCGGCUGCCGGGUGCGGCUCCGCGGCAAUGCCAACACGCUGCGGGUGCGGGACUGCCGGGGCUGCACCGUGCUCUGCGGGCCCGUUUCCACCUCCGUGCUGGUGGAUGGUUGCAGCGAUUGCCUCCUGGUGCUGGCCUGCCAGCAGCUCCGCACCCAUCGCACACGCAAUAGUCAGUUCUACGUGCAGGUGACCAGCCGGGCUGUAAUUGAAGAUUGCACUAAGGUGUCUUUCGCCCCUUACUCCUGGAGCUACCCUAGUAUCGAGAAGGAUUUCGAGUCUUCUGGGCUCGACAGAAGCAGGAACAACUGGAACACAGUGGAUGACUUUGACUGGCUGGCGAGGGACAAGCCUUCGCCCAACUGGAACCUGAUUCCUGAGCAGGAAAGGAUCACCUUCUGGGACUGACUGUAGGGGCAGCUUGGUGAUGAUUGAGAAGUGCUACUGAAACGCAUUCAUUCACAAGCAGGGGGACUUCAGUCUCUGAUUCACUGUAAAAACAAUUGCAUUUGGUAUUUAAAUUGUGAAUUACAAUGUAUGACUGGGUUCAGUGAUUUGAAAGUACCAGUCAAAUAUUGUUUACUAUUCUGAAACAACUUGCUGCUAUAAUCUCCAUAUGCUACUCUGGAAUUUGCCCACUACUGCAAUACCUCAUUGCUGGCUUUUUCCUGAGGAAGAUGGGGCAAGGGACCUUAGUAUGCAAAUGAGAGGGAGUCUCUGCUAAGAGCUGUGCUGCUCUCACUCACCCAAACAAAAUAUGAGUUACCUGCAAGUAGUACAAGCUGUACUGGAAUAGAAAGCUCAAAUACCAAAUUUUUCCCAUUUUUGAGGUGCUUAAGUUAGACCACAAUAGGCUGUAGAGCUUAAUGUCACAGGGAAUGGGGGAAAAGACUUCUGUGAGCUAAUGGAGGCAAAUUUAUAGAGGGAAUUUGUAAUAGCAGGCAUUAUAGGGGACUGUCAAUCCUAGACUGCUUUAACUGUGAACUAGAUAGUGCUGAUGUGGAUGAAGUCUACAAGUUGUCUGUUGUUAGGCUUUUAUGUUAAGCUGGGUAAUAUGUCUAAAGCGCAAAAAAAGCCUCCUAAUGAAAACUCAGUGCUCCACUAAUAAGAUAUAAAUGAUUGGUUGGAAUUAACAAACCUGUAGAGGCUAUAUAAAUAGUAGAACUUCACGAUUUGAAACUGCUGCAUGAGUGAAUGCCCCUUCUGUAAUCAAACAGUUUUAACUUGAGUGUUUUGAGCAUACAUUUUAGGGCAUACAGAACUUCAGGAUGGGGAUUUGUUCAGAUUUGACCUACUUUUAUGCCUAUUUUGCCUGCAUAUCAGACAAUAAGCUCUUUUGUGCUAAGAGCGAAAUUUACAGCACCCUGCUGCUGCAUGUAAAGGGAAUUGUGAACUCUACAGAAGUAGUUAAAAUGUGGAGGCAAAGUGCUGUAUUCCAGAUUCAGAAUUUCAUAUUAUCUUGCAUAUAGGCAGUAAUACAGUAAUUUCUCCCAGUCUAUUUCUUCACUCAUGUUCAGUACCAGGAAGAAAACAGCAGCAUUAUGUUGUGGCAUGAUGAUCUUACAGUGCCUGUGAGUGGUGAAGUGACCAGUCCCAUACAUAAGGUGUAUGUAUUAGUUCUAGGUUUCCAAAAGCACUCCUUAGAUUGUGACAUUUCGAGAGAAUCGCAUCGUUUACCAUGCCUAAGAAACAGCUCAGAGCCGUUUCUUAAAAACUGCAAAAUGUUUGUGCUGCCCUGCCAUCAUAUAUGUGCCUCUGUAAGGGAAAUUGAAUACCAGCUAAACUGUUAAAAACUGCAUUGUUUCUAUGAGUACCUAGAAUUUCACGUGAGUACUUAACUGCUUUUGAGCAGAUGAGAAACAUCUAUUUGUUUUCAGUGUAUUGAAUUUAAAAGCAAAAGAAGGGGCAUUUUAUAUAUUUUCACAACUUUCCAUUUUGUUUACUUGUGCUGAUGUAUACUUUGAAUUAGAUUUUGCUUUUUAAAUACUUGUUUUGAAUGUUACAGAUAUCCCUUUAAUCAUGGCUUUCCUUUGCACUGACAGCUUCAUAAAAUAAUUUAAAGACAA